UUCCGUCCAAAUUUCGUAUUAAGGAGAUACCUCCAGGCCAACGGCCAACUGCAUGGCUACAAGCCUACAACGCACCACGCACGCUUAUUCUUCAUCCGCAACACACGCAUGACGCACCAAACAAGCUUGCAGAUCGCAGCUUAUAAAGAAACGGUUGCUGCAAGCAAGAUAAUCCACCCCAAGCAGCGGCAUCGGCGGAGCUCCGCGCGAGCAUCGCCGGCCGAUCGACCCGCUGCCACCCACCCACCACCAUGACGCCAGCGAGCGACCACAGCUACGAGCUCCCGCUGCGACGUAACCUCCUGCUCCUGCGCGACCUCCUCGACCUCCUCCGCUUCGUCGCCGGGGUGCUCCUCGACCGCCUCGGCGUCGUGUCGUGCCAGCGCAGCGGGGUGCAGCUUCCCCGGCAGACCUGGGGCGGAGAGCACGCCGCCGAUGACGACGCGGCCGUGGAGCGCUUCCUCGACGCGACGUUGCGGGCGCCCAGCUCGCCGCCAGUGACCGCCGGCGAGACGACGCGGUCACGCGUGGCUGCGCGGUACAGGCAGCGGCGGGCGGGCGGCAACAGGCAGGGCGCGGAGGGCGGCGGCGAGGGCGCGGCCGUCUGCGCGAUCUGCUUGGCGGGGCUGGAGGAAGCGGGAGCUGCGGGCCAGGCGGUCGCGGAUCUGGGCGCCUGCUCACACGCGUUCCACGCCGCGUGCAUAGACGCCUGGGCCGGCACCGGCGUGGCGGCGACCUGCCCGCUGUGCCGCGCGCCCAUGACGCCCACGCCGUGGGAGGACUACGGGCAGAGCUUGCUCCACGCGCGCCCCGGUGACUGAGGAGGUCUGCGUCUCUGCUCCCUGUCGCAGUAAUGGCCGCCUCAACACGUCGAUAGAUAAAUAUACAUCUCAUACGUGCCGGGACAGAUGCGAGAAUCUAUGCCGUGCUUACCAAUAGAUCGUCAUUAGUUUAACUCGAUCUGUAGCCUUCUGAGAUUUUCCCCGAGAUGUCCAAUGUUAUCCUGUGCCCCUGCCCCUGGCAGCCAUCUCAAGGGCCCAGGAGAAGUAGAGACGGCACCGGCGGUGCUGUAUUUAUUGUACCACUGUAGACUCAAAACUGAAGUAAUUAAUUUAAACUUUUGAAUAA